AACAGAGAAAGACACAUGGUGAAUAAUAAAGUUUGUGGAUAUGCCUGGGAUUUGUUGUGCUGUGGGCUGUGACAAUAGUCGCCAGAGGAACCCCGGACUACAGUUUGUAUCGAUCCCCAAAGACUUAGACCGUCGUGAUAAAUGGCUGGCUGCCAUCAGAAGGGAUCACUGGCAGCCGACAUCUAACUCCAGAUUGUGUAGUCAACACUUCGUUUCCGGAAGAAAAAAUGACAACCCCAUGAGUCCUGACUACAUCCCCAGCCUUUUUGCGCACACGUCAGCUGGACAGCGGCAGAGAAGCAUCUAUGCCAUUAGCAGAUUUGAGCAUACUCAGCAGAUAAAAAGGAAAUGGACUGAGACUUCGGUUUCUGAUAGUGACCAUGAGACUGUGGCACCUUCCAGCACCAGUGAUGCCACUGGGCUUGACAUCACCUUAGUUGAACAGGUAGAAUGUGUGAAAGAUGACCACAGUUACUCUCAAGCCAUUCUUAGCUCAGGUAUUGUGGAACCAUGCUCAAAUGCAGCCUGCCAAGCUACAUUCAAGGCAUUGACAAACGAGUGUGCACGAUUAAGAGCUGAGGUUAAUUGUCUUAAGGACAAAGUUAAUGUGCUGUCUUUCAAUGAAGAAGCCUUCAAAGGAAAUGAUGAGAUGGUACAGGAACUAACAGGCCUACCAAGCUAUGCUAAAAUUAUGGUUGUUUUGGCUUCCUGUCUGGGUUUGUGAAAGCCGGUCCAAGCUGACUCCCUUUCAUAGCUUUUAUAACACUGAUGAGAA